AUUGGACAGGCGGUAAGCCUGACAGUAACCGGUGCAGGACCUGGUAGCGUUGGGUAGUCAUUUGUUACGCUGAUUGCUGUCAGCAAAUCACGUGGAAUCCCUUAACACGUAUCAGUAAGCAACAGGUCUUUAUGUUCUUUUGGUGAAGGACUUCUAUCGGUCGUACGUGCGCAGUUUCCGCGUUGAUCAACUUAAGGAAAUUUUUCCAGUCACAAACGGAUCAUAAAAUAGUUACUUGCAUAAUAGUCCAGUAUGCAUCAUUAUGACGAAAAUGCUGAUGAAACGGAAAUAAUGCAAUUUGAGUCGCAGAAGUCAUCUACUUAUGCUGUAGAAGAUGAGAAUCAACAAAUAAGCUGUGCCGAAUACCUCAGACAAUAUGAUAUCACUCAACUUGCUCAAAUGAUGGCGCACAGUGCUGAGGAAUUCGUUCGUCAUGUUUGGCUCAGAGGUUGGCAAGUAGUUCAUCAUCAUAGCCUACCAGCAUGGUUACGAGAUAAUGAUUUUAUCCUGCAUUAUCACCGUCCCCAAUUGAACACGUUUCGAGCUUGCUUCAAUUCCAUUUUUAGAAUACAUACAGAAACGGGAAAUAUCUGGACUCAUCUGUUGGGAUGUGGUAGUUUCUUCAUCAUUGCAAUCUUCAGUUUAAUUCAAUCUGAAGCUUUAAUCCAAUGGCAAGAAAAACUUGUAUUCUCUGCAUUCUUUUUUGGUGCAGUUGUUUGCCUUGGAUUUUCCUGUUUAUUUCAUACUCUUUCAUGUCAUUCAAAAAACAUUGGAAGACUGUUUAACAGGUUGGACUACGCUGGUAUAGCGUUCUUGAAUAUAGGCUCAUUUAUACCAUACCUGUAUUAUUCAUUCUACUGCAUGUUAUGGGCUAAAAUGUUUUACAUAAUCUUAAUUGUUGUUCUUGGGACAGCAUCAAUUAUUGUUUCAAUGCAUCCAUCUUUCACUACACCUCGUUAUCGUCCACUUCGAGCUGGUGUUUUCAUGGGAUUAGGUCUUUCAGGGGUUAUUCCAUGUAUGCAUACAGUAAUACUGGAUGGAUUCCAUAAUUCCAUUUUUCAAGGUUCUUUGGGUUGGCUUGUUCUAAUGGCGAUUUUGUAUUUAAGUGGAGCCACAAUUUAUGCUUUUCAAAGUCAUCAAAUAUUUCAUGUAUUCGUUGUAGCUGCCGCCUUAGUUCAUUAUCAUGGUUUAGUUAAACUAGCUAAUUAUCGUUUAACUGUUGGUGAUUGUAAACCGAUUGGUUUAAAAUUUUAUCCAGAUGAAUUAAAACUUCUCGGUUUAAAUAUAUUUUCAAAAACAGUAUUAUAAUCAAUUAGUUAUCAUUAUUAUUUUAGUUAACUUUUCUCUUUAAUGCUAAUUUUGCAUUUAUGCCCUAUAUUAAUAUGUAUGAUGAAUCUUCUUUCAUUGAUCUAUGUGUUUUGGAACAGUCCUUAUUUUAGUGAUUUAGGCUAAAUUGUUGGUUUAUUAUCAUUAUUUAACUUCUUUUUCUUUUUAUGGAAGACAAUCAUUCUUAGCCCAGUAUUCUCUUUGUAAAUUCCCUCUUAGCUUAGUUGAUAAAGCACACUGUGGUCGCUGGUUCGAAUCCAGCCGCGAUCGAAAUUUUCAUUUCACCUUCAAUUAUUACACAGUUUGAAAUUCUAUUUUAGAACAUUCCUCAUUUUUUAUCUACUGUGUAAAUAGUUUUAGUCAGUCAAUGUGACCAUAACUACAAAAUUAAUUCGGAGGUAGUAUUCAUCCACGGACUGACAUCAAUUGGGGAACCAUUGAAAACCUGGCAGCAUUCGACAGCUGUCUCAUCCUAGUGUGGGACUCCUCAGCAGUACACACUCCUGACAUGGCUAGGGAUUGAACUGAGGACUUUCAGGCUUCACGGCGAACACGUUAACCAUUGCUUCACGGUUUCCAUUUCCUGUCAAUUCACGAUAUAACGUGACUGUCACCCAAGGUCUUUAGUUGGCAUCCGCUUCCCUUCCCCACAGGUCACAACUCAUUACAACUUCAUGAUAUCCAACUAGAAGCAUGCCACUGAUGAGCACUAUGCAGUAUUUAUAAAAUGAAUAAAGAUUUUAAUUUCGAGGUAGUAUUCAUGAAACCUGAAGGUCCUGAUUUCGAUGCCUAGCGGGGUCGUGGGUGUGAACUGCUGAGGAGUCCCUUACUAGGACGAAACAGCCGUCUAGUGCUCCCUGAUUUUCAAUCCUUCCCCAACUGAUAUCAGUCCAUGAUGAAUACUACCUCUAAAUCAAAAUCUCCAUUUAUCUCAAAAAUACAAAAUUAAUUGUCAAAGACCAAAAUGAAGACUCGAUGGGUGGAGGAACAUAAAAUUUCUUCAUUAGUAUUAUCACUUACUGACUAACUAACUCACUUUUGUUCAUUGUUAGACUCAAAGAUGUUAUUGUGAGUGGAAUUCAGUAUACUCAGCGGUGAUCUAGUCGAUAUUCAAAAGUCGAAUCUUACAAACCGUGAACAACUUUUAUUCCAAUCGCAAAAAUCUGUUCAUAACUAUUCAACAUAAUUUUUAUUCAUUGUGUUAUUUUUUAAAUUACAAUGCAACAAGUUGUAUUCAUCAUAAAAACAGUACGCCAACUUUUACGCUACUUUCAAUACACCAGUUUCGUUUAUUUUUAUUAUUUUAAAAGAUAGACCGAUAGAUAUGAAACCCAUGCAAGACCUCUCAGACAGGUCCAUCGGUUCAGGUUGCUACAUAUCACACUAGUAUACAAGGAACAAGUGAAUAGAAAAAACUCAUAUAAAAGUAGAUAAAGUUGUGUGGGAGAAUAAAUAAUUUGAAGACAAAAGUUAGCGCGAAUAUUCAAACUCUAGAAGACGUCAAAGAGUGAAUAUAUCUGCACUACUGUGACCGUUUUUAGCUAUGUCAACAAGGGUCCUCAACUACUGAUUCCUUUCUUCCAUGGGACUCCAACCAGGUAGUCUACUUCCCCCCUCCCUCCAUGCACACAACUUGAACCACUAGAGACUUCGUGAACUGAUGUCACAUCUUGGUCUAGCUACCGUGAACCGUUUUCCAAUCUAAUCCAACUUCCUCUAGUAUGGCACGUCGAGGUAGGUGGUGACUCGACACACACAGUACAUAUCCAAGCCAGCCACCUCAGUCGAUUGAGGUUCAAAAAAUCACUCACGAACUUUCGCGUCUCGCUUAGUACCCUUCGCUUAACCACAACAUUGCUUCCAUGGUGAUUCCACCAAUUGUUAGCUGUGCUACACCUAUGAUCGCAAACCUGUAACUAGUUCAUAUUUUCUACUUUUAA